GGUCAUCAUUUGUGGCUGUUCUGUACCAUAUAAACAUUCUCCUUUGGACGCUAUCCCUCUACAAUUCACUUUUUGUUGUUUGACCGUCUUGGCCUAUUACUUUUUGCCCCCUUACCACGCAUCAUGGAUGCAUUGGCUAUUUAUGCUAUCACCGCUGGCGGUAUCCUUGUCGGUCUUUUUCUGACCCGAACUCUCUCGAUCAUCGCCAGCUGGUCAAAUUUGUUUUCUGUGCUAUAUUCUCGGCAUCUGAGUCUCCCCUUUGUUGUUCAUAGGCAUCGGCUCUGGGGUCCCUGGACCCGAGCUAGCCUUUUUCUCCAUAUAUCGUAUAUUGCAGUUAAUAUCUUUCUCGUCUUCUUCCAUACGCAAUCGUUGACUGAUGCCGGCCGUCGGGCAGGAGAGCUAGCCCUGAUCAACUUGAUUUUCCCUUUAUCUACGAUCCACCUAAGUUAUCUCGCUGACUUACUAGGCAUUACUUGGCGGGCAUGUUGCAGAAUUCACCGUGCCACCGGCUGGGUGGCUAUAGCCAUGCUGUUGUUCCACAUUGUUGCAACAGUUCAGGCGCGGGAAUUUACUUUUCCGUUCCGUGAAUUGCCAAAUCUCUUUACAGUGCUUGGGGCUACCUCGCUGGGUGUCCUUGCUCUGCUUGCGAUACGAUGGUUUCGUCGGUGGUCAUAUGAGAUCUUUCUCCGAAGCCAUCAAAUCCUUACGGGGCUCUUCGUCUAUGGCACCUGGCAACAUCUAGCUCAGCGACGUUCCCCUAGAAUCUACCUCCUCGUUGCAUUAGGCAUUUCUAGUCUCACGUCUUUCUUACAACUGAUAACCUUUUUGUAUCGCAACGGGCUACUAGCGGGCCGCGGCUGUCCUAGAGCCGUCGUGUCAUUUAGUGUGAAGGAAUCUGAGGAGGAAGGUACUGCUGCAACAGCGAUCCGGAUUCGAAUUUUCCUACCUCGAUCCGUGAAGGUGCAAGCUGGACAAUAUAUCAACCUCUGGAUGCCGUCGGUCAGUCUACGGUCAUGGAUGCAGACACACCCUUUCACCGUCACAUCGUGGUCUAGAGAUAGACAAGAUACCAUGGAAUUUCUCGUGCAGCCACGCCAUGGCUUAACCGCGGAUCUUCUUCGCCACGCUCCCUCGGCUGCAGAGAGCUCGGUUUCUUUCUUAGCAUUCUUUACUGGUCCUCAUGGAAUUAGUGAGCAUGUUGACCAAUACGAAAGCGCCUUGGUGGUCGCUAGUGGAUUUGGGAUUGCCACAGCAAUUCCAUACUUGAAAAAAAUGAUCUACGGCUAUAACACCUGCACCUCACAGGUUCGCCGGCUGCAUUUGGUCUGGCAGGUAGAGUCAAUUGGUGAGAUCAUUGCAGCUCAGGGUCUGCUCAACAAUCUCUUGAAGGACGACAUCAUGGAUGAAGGCUAUAUACUCAACAUCUCCAUUUACGUCUCGAGCGGCCUUGAGCAGAACAAAGUACCCUUCGGUCAGCACAAACGAGUGUUUCUUUACCAGGGCAUACCAGAUUAUCGAAAUGUAAUCUCGCUUGAGGCAUCCGGAGACCAGAUUGAGAGAUUGCCCAACAUCCGAGACGAGCAGGGCCGAACACUGGUGAUGGUUUCCACAACCGAUGAACUUCGGGACCAUAUACGGGAGACGGUACGGGAACACCUCCACCAGGGGGUAAAGCUUUCAGAGCUGGAGUACCAGCCCAAUGCAGGUUGAGAGCACUGUGAAACGCAUCCCACUGCUGAAUUAGGCCUAAAUCGUUGGAGCGGGGCGUGAACUGGGUGGAGAUGAUUG